GCUGCCAGACAAGCAGACCUGUUGUGAGGCCCCUGAGGCUUGAAGCCCAUCAGCCUGCAGUAAGUCAUUCCAUGAGCGCUAUGAAUGCAAAAGCCAGCUCUGGAGGUGAGGAGGAAGACUCAGGAAUGAGGAGUGAGACCUUGGGGAAGAGCAGCUGCUUGGGAGAGGUCAAGAGGGGACAAGUGAUCCUUGUUGCCUACCUGAUUGUAACCCUGGAGCUGACCUUCCUCUUCAUGCAGCUGGGAGUCAUGCCCUACUUGGCAAAGAGCCUAGGUUUGGAUUCGAUGGGAUUUGGCUAUCUCCAGACAACCUUUGGUAUCCUUCAGCUCGUGGGAGGCCCUAUUUUCGGAAGGUUUGCAGAUCAGUUUGGUACCCGAUCAGCCUUAAUUCUUUCCUGUGCAUCUGGAAGUGCCUUCUUCCUGCUCACAUCCAUCUCAAGCAGCAUCCCACUCCUCUUCCUCUCCAGGCUGCCAGCUGUGUUCAUGCAUGGGCUACCAGGUGCUCAGAAGGUCAUUACAGACCUGACUGCUCCUUCCCAACGAGCCGAUGCUUUAGGGAAGCUGGGUUUUUGCUUUGGAAUAGGCAUCAUCACUGGCUCUUCCCUGGGAGGUAUCCUCUCCACCAAAUUCAACACUUUUGUUCCAAUGUAUGUCGGGCUGGUGGGAAGUCUCAUCAAUACCGUGAUAGCAAUGGUUUACAUCCCUUUGCAGGCUAAACCAAAGCCAGACCAUCGUGUGACAGAGGACAGAACAUCACAGUCUGGCAGCACGUUUAGCAUCAGAGAAAUCCUGCGCCUGAUGAAGUUUCCGGGAGUAAUGGAAAUUUUCCUAGUCAAGGUCCUUGCUCAACUCCCCAUAGGUUUGUUCCUGGUUAUGUUUUCUAUCAUCUCUAUGGAUUUCUUUGGCUUGAAAGCAGUGGAGUCUGGAUACCUGAUGUCAUAUUUUGGUGUCCUUCAAAUGGUUGUACAGGGUCUGGUUGUUGGAAAACUCACUAGCCACUGCACAGAGAAGACCCUGCUUAGGCUCGGCGUCUUUGUCUUCGCCGGCGUGGGCCUGGGCAUGGCUCUGAUGAGGACCGUGUGGCACUACUGCAUCAUUGCAGUGCCACUGGUGUUCGCCUUCAGCAUGCUGGGCACCAUCACCGACAGCAUCCUCACCAAGGCUGUCCCCUCCUCUGACACUGGUACCAUGCUCGGGAUCUGCGCCUCAGUGCACCCCUUGACCCGGACAGUGGGCCCAACCAUCGGUGGAGUUUUGUACAAACAGUUUGGAGUCUCCUCCUUUGGCUACCUACAGCUAAUUGUCAAUACGGGUUUGUUUGUUUACCUCUUAAAGAGUAAAAUCCCACUGAGAGAGAUGAAAAGCCAAUAAUGUAGUUGCAAGAAAGUAACCCUCUUAUUUCUCCAUGGAAAUAAAGAUGUUCUUGAGCUUUAUUUUUGAUUCCAUAAACCUGGAAUAAA